AUGCUUGGCCAAGUUACUUUUGGUUGGAUAGACAAGCGUUGCAAACAAGCAACUGGUUCUAAUGACAAAGUAUUUGGAGGAAAAUCGUUAAUUUUAACUGGUGAUCCAGGUCAAUUGCCACCAGUAGCAGAUAAACCUCUUUACCAUGCUAAACCAUCAAACGCUGUUGGUGAACAAGGUCAUCAAGCAUAUCAUAUGUUUGACAAAGUUGUUAAACUCACUGUAAAUCAACGUGUGCAAGGUAUGACAUCUGAGCAAGUACAGUUCAGAGAUUUGUUAUUACGACUUCGCAAAGGUGAUUCAACAGUUGAUGACUGGAAAUUACUUCUGACACGUCAACCAUCGAAUGUCACUAAUCUAUGUGACUUUGAAGAUUCUACUAGACUUUUUUAUAGUAAUGAACAAGUUGCUAAUUACAACCAUGAGCAGCUAACAAAACUUGAGCAUCCAAUUGCUCACAUUAAUGCACGCCAUUCAUCAGCAUUUGCCAAAAAGAUAUCCUCAGAUGAUAUGUCUGGGUUAGAACCUGUUGUGUUUCUGGCAAAAUGUGCUAGGGUCAUGUUAACCAUGAAUUUGUGGUCAAGUGUUGGUCUCUGUAAUGGGGCUACUGGGACAGUUGUUGAUAUUAUCUAUCAGAACAACCAUCAACCACCUGACUUACCUAUUGCAGUAAUAGUAGAAUUUGAAAACUAUAGAGGACCUGUUUUUAAUGAAAACCAACCAUUGUGUAUCCCAAUAUAUCCAAUUACUCUCACAUCACAGACAGAAAUAGGUUUCCAUGAGAGGCAACAGUUACCUCUUAGGCUUGCGUGGGCUCUAACAAUACACAAGAGCCAAGGACUUACACUUCCAAAAGCAUGGAUAGAUAUUAGCAAAUCUGAAAGAACUGCUGGAGUUUCGUAUGUUGCUAUUAGCAGAAUAAAAUCACUUGCAUCUUGUGUCAUUGAGCCAAUGACGUAUGAACGAUUAACGAGCUUGAAAUCAUCAGCUAACUUACAAUAUAGGCUUGAAGAAGAAAACAGGCUAGAUCGGUUAGCACAAACUACUAGCAGUGCAGUUACUAUUGAAUAA